AGUGCCUCUUCCCUCUCCGCGACCCGGCCCGGCGCCUGAGAGGAGCCCAGGGUGGGGGUGGGCGUGGGGCCCCAGGGCAGGAGGGGCACUUGGCCCUGCAGAGUGCAGCGCACAGGACUGGUCCUCAGGAGGCUGUGGCCCCGAGAAGUGGGCGCUUGUGGGGGUGUCCCGCAAGUAGAGUCAGUUCAGAGUGGAUUGACCACGCGGCCCAGAGGGUCCGAUCCAGGAGAGGAGACUGCACCCUCCACCACCCGUCCUUCGGGAAAUGUCAGAACCGAGCCAAGAGCUGCUGCCGCUCACCCCGUAUCUUCUGGCCGCUUCCCUCUUUGCCGCCCCUCCCCACAGGCUCUCCCUGUCCAUCUCCUGGGGCCCAUCAUGAAUGGUACCCCUUCCCCAGAGGAUGGGGCCGCCUCCUCCCCACCUCCCCUGCCACCGCCCCCUCCCCCAAGUUGGCGAGAGUUCUGUGAGUCCCACGCCAGGGCUGCUGCCUUGGAUUUUGCCCGUCGCUUUCGCCUCUACCUGGCCUCUCACCCCCAGUACGCAGGGCCUGGGGCUGAGGCCGCCUUCUCCCGCCGGUUUGCUGAGCUCUUCCUGCAGCACUUUGAAGCUGAGGUGGCCCGGGCCUCUGGCUCCCUCUCACCAUCCGUCCUGACUCCCCUGAGUCCUGGUGUGGAGAUCCCAACAUCAUACGACUUAUCCCUUGAGAGCUGCAGGGUGGGUGGGCCCCUGGCUGUGCUGGGCCCUUCUCGAUCAUCUGAGGACCUGGCCGGCCCCCUCCCUUCCUCAGUCUCUUCCUCAACGACCUCGAAACCGAAGCUCAAGAAACGCUUCUCCCUCCGCUCAGUGGGCCGCUCUGUCCGAGGUUCAGUCCGUGGCAUCUUGCAGUGGCGAGGGGCCGUUGACCCUCCAUCCCCAGCCGGGCCCCUGGAGACCUCAUCAAGCCCCCCAGUCCUAGGUGGAAACAGCAACUCCAACUCCUCUGGUGGGGCUGGGACUAUUGGUAGGGGACUGGUUAGUGACGGCACAUCUCCUGGGGAGAGAUGGACUCACCGUUUUGAAAAGCUGAGACUAAGUCGGGGUGGGGGAACCUUGAAGGAUGGAUCAGGGAUGGUGCAGAGAGAAGAGCUGCUGAGUUUUAUGGGAGCUGAAGAGGCUGCCCCUGACCCAGCUGGAGUGGGCCGGGGAGGAGGGGCAGCUGGACUGGCCUCAGGGGGAGGAGGGCAGCCUCAGUGGCAGAAGUGUCGCUUACUGCUGCGAAGUGAAGGAGAAGGAGGAGGAGGAAGCCGCCUGGAGUUCUUUGUGCCCCCCAAGGCGUCCCGGCCGCGGCUCAGCAUUCCCUGCUCUACUAUCACGGAUGUUCGGACAACCACAGCCCUGGAGAUGCCUGACCGGGAGAACACGUUUGUGGUUAAGGUGGAAGGCCCCUCCGAGUAUAUCCUGGAGACAGCUGAUGCUAUCCAUGUGAAGGCCUGGGUGUCUGACAUCCAAGAAUGCCUGAGCCCAGGACCCUGUCCUGCUGCCAGCCCUCGCCCCAUGACCCUCCCCCUGGCCCCUGGGACCUCCUUCCUCACAAAAGACAAUGCGGAUGGCCUGGAGCCACCAUGCCUGAAUCAUUCAGAGAGUCUGCCCAGCCAGGACCUGCUGCUGGGGCCCAGUGAGAGCAAUGACCGCCUAUCGCAGGGGGCGUAUGGGGGCCUGUCAGACCGGCCCUCCGCAUCCAUCUCCCCCAGUUCAGCUUCUGUUGCCGCCUCCCAUUUUGACUCAAUGGAACUGCUUCCCCCAGAGUUGCCCCCGCGCAUUCCCAUUGAGGAGGGGCCCCCAGCAGGGACAGUUCAUCCUCUCUCCACCCCCUAUCCUCCUCUGGACACUCCGGAAACAACCCCAGGGUCAUUCCUGUUCCAGGAGUCAGAGGGAGGAGAAGGGGACCAGCCCCUCUCAGGAUACCCUUGGUUCCACGGGAUGCUCUCACGACUCAAGGCCGCCCAGUUAGUGCUGGAAGGAGGCACCAACUCCCAUGGUGUCUUUCUGGUUCGACAGAGUGAGACGAGGCGGGGUGAAUAUGUCCUCACUUUCAAUUUCCAGGGCAAGGCCAAGCACCUGCGCUUGUCACUGAAUGAGGAGGGUCAGUGCCGGGUCCAGCACCUGUGGUUCCAGUCCAUUUUUGAUAUGCUCGAGCAUUUCCGGGUGCACCCCAUCCCUCUGGAGUCUGGAGGCUCCAGUGACGUUGUCCUUGUCAGCUAUGUGCCCUCCCAACGGCAGCAGGAAUCGAACACCUCCCGUGACCCACCCCAGCCCCCUGAACCCCCUUCAUGGACAGAUCCCCCACAUCCUGGGGCAGAAGAGGCGUCGGGGGCGUCAGAAGUGGCGGCAGCCGCAGCCGCAACAGCCAAAGAGAGGCAAGAGAAAGAGAAAGCGGGCAGUGGAGGGAUCCGGGAAGAGCUGGUCCCCAUGGCUGAGCUGGUCCCCGUGGUUGAAUUGGAAGAGGCCAUAGCGCCAGGCACGGAGGCCCAGGGUGGUGCUGGCUCUGUUGGGGAUGCGGGGGCGACUCCAAUGGUACAGCUCCAGCAGUUACCACUAGGGGGCAAUGGAGAAGAAGGGGGCCAUUCCAGAGCCAUUAAUAACCAGUACUCCUUUGUGUGAGAUGCCCUACCCCACCCUCCCGCCCUCUUCUUGCUUCCCAGCCCUGCGUUCCUGAGAUGGGGCUGAGGAGGGACACAGAGGAGAGGUGGGCGUUCCCCCCUCCCAUGCUUCCUGGCCCUUGCCAGCCAAGGGCACAUACCGUAUGUUGGUACAGCAGCGAUUCCAGGGCCUUGCUAACUCCCUGACUCCUACACUACAGGUGCCCCUUCCCUUAGCAGGGGAUUUGGGCUCCAUUACCUCCCUGAGGGGCUCUUCCAGCCAGCCCCACCUCUGAGGGCCAUUUCUCCCUAAACCACCCCCAGCCCAAGCAAGGCUGAGGGGGAAGGGCUGUCAGUUAUAUUAAGAUUGUUGUUGUUGUUGUUUUAAACAAAAUGGAGAAGCAUAAAUAAAUAAAGGGGUUUAUCUCA